CCGGGCCAUGGGGGCCGCCGGGCACCCGGGGCCUGGCCUGGCGAGGCCCGCCGCGCCGCCGCUGAGCGCGCAGGUGAGGCCGGCCCCGCCAUGGUGGACUCCGUGGGCUUCGCGGAGGCGUGGAAGGCGCAGUUCCCGGACUCGGAACCGCCGCGCAUGGAGCCGCCGCACAUGGAGCCGCCGCGCAUGUCGGUGGGCGACAUCGAGCAGGAGCUGGAGCGCUGCAAGGCCUCCAUCCGGCGCCUGGAGCAGGAGGUGAACCAGGAGCGCUUCCGCAUGAUCUGCCUGCAGACGCUGCUGGCCAAGGAGAGGAAGAGCUACGACCGGCAGCGCUGGGGCUUCCGGCGCGCGGCGCAGCCCCCCGACGGCGCCGCCGAGCCCCGCGCGCCCCUGCCGCGCCCGCAGCCCGCGCCCGCGGACGGAGCGGACCCGCCGCCCGCCGAAGAGCCGGAGGCCCGGCCCGACGGAGAGGGCUCCCCGGGCAAGGCCAGGCCCGGCGCAGCCCGCAGGCCCGGGGCCGCCGCGUCGGCGGACCGGGACGACAGGGGGCCCCCCACCAGCGUGGCGGCGCUCAGGUCCAACUUCGAGAGGAUCCGCAAGGGCCACGGCCAGCCCGCGGCGACGGACGCCGACAAGCCCUUCUACGUCAACGUGGAGUUUCACCACGAGCGCGGCCUGGUGAAGGUCAACGACAAAGAGGUGUCGGACCGGAUCAGCUCCCUGGGCACCCAGGCCAUGCAGCUGGAGCGCAAGAAGUCCCAGCAGGGCCCCGGGCAGGGCGCGGGGGACACGCCCAGGCCCGCGUACCGGGGGCGCGCCUCGGAGAGCGGUUGCGGCGUCGACGGCGACUACGAGGACGCCGAGUUGAACCCUCGCUUCCUGAAGGACAACCUGAUCAACGCCAAUGGCGGAGGCAGACCCCCUUGGCCGCCCCUGGAGUACCAGCCCUACCAGAGCAUCUACGUCGGGGGCCUGAUGGGGGAUGGGGAGGGCAGGGGCCCCCUCCUGCGCAGCCAGAGCACCUCGGAGCAGGAGAAGCGCCUCACCUGGCCGCGCAGGUCCUACUCCCCCCGGAGCUUUGAGGACUGUGGAGGCGGCUACACCCCGGACUGCAGCUCCAACGAGAACCUCACGUCCAGCGAGGAGGACUUCUCCUCCGGCCAGUCCAGCCGCGUGUCUUCCAGCCCCACCACCUACCGCAUGUUCCGGGACAAGAGCCGCUCACCCUCGCAGAACUCGCAGCAGUCCUUUGACAGCAGCAGCCCCCCGACGCCGCAGUGCCACAAGCGACACCGGCACUGCCAGAUUGUCGUGUCGGAGGCCACCAUCGUGGGCGUCCGCAAGACCGGGCAGAUCUGGCCCAGCGAUGGAGACGGCGCCUUCCAUGGAGAGGCAGAAAUACAAGCAAGAACUUUCUCACAAAUUUGAUCUUCCUAUGACACUUCCAAAUGCCUGUAUGAAGUGAUGUAUGAAGGAAAAACAUCUGGACUGACAAAGCCAGUAAAGCACCUUACCCAGCAUUUCCUCUGCAAAUCACUAAAUCCACGUUGUAAACCACCAAGCAGAUAGCUGGCUGUCAUUGCUCAGACGGUGUGCACCAGGGUAAACAUGACAGAGGACACAGACUUUCCUUUAGGUGACAGCUGAUAUCCUUGGUCUGCAGAUGGAUGUAGGUCCUACCGUUACCUUCUCACCAUGUUACGUAUGUCACUGCCCAUGUUAUCCGCUGGAGGAGAUAUCAUUGAUCUCACAUCCCCCAAAUGUCUCAGAACCUCUUUGAUCUGGAAUGAAGCAGAGAUGAACAGAGAAACGUGGAAUUGUUCUAUGAGAACUGAAGUCUGGACUCCGGACAGCUGGGUCUGUACAGUCCUGGAGGGUCAUUUCUUCUCUUCUUGGCAGAUUAUUAAACCGCUGAUUCAGCAGGUCGGGGGUGGCCGGGCAGGGACAGGCUGACCCGGUGGCUGCUCCUGGAGCACUCCUUCUUGCUCAGGCCACUUUCUCAGACGGAGAACUUCUAGUUUCACGUGUUUGCAUGACUCUUCCCUGUUUGUGGACCCCAUAAUGUGAAUCAUUGUAAAAGUGGGGACUUAUAAACUGGAAAGUCGGCUAUCGUGGAUGCAGCCCAUCCGUGAUAGCCUAAGUUGUGAGCUCAAGGAUAACCUUUUGAUAUUGUUGUGUUCCUCUACUUAAACUUCACUGAAGUACUUUCCCAACAAAGUUUAUUUUAAAUCUACACUGCGUGUGACUAUUGCUAUCUAGCUGUAACUCUUUCAUAUCACAGGUUUAUUCUAGAACCUCCUAUAAUGCUUAUAAUUCUUACCAUGUUACAUAUAUUUAUUUUUUUAUUCAAAUAUUUUAUUAUUAAUGAUUUCUUUUUGCUUGUUUAGAUAUUCCUUCUGUUAUAACUAGAGUUAUUGUCUUUCUAGGGAUAUUGGUCUAUCAGAUAGCAAAUUCAGUUUGCUCUGGGGGUUUGGAGGGAUGGUAGCAAACAGCUGGCCCACUGAGAGGUGCACAUAUCUGAUAUUGGGUGUUGUUAUAUAUGCAAAUACCUUCGGGCUUUCCUGUAGAUUCAUAAUCACACAAUUGUGACAGUUUGUCUAGUUUAUGUUAUUCAGUUAACUCUCAAAAUGCUCAUGGACUUUUUAACAAUAUAUUCUUGAUAAUUAAGAUUCUGCCAGUAAGAAAACCUUGGAAAACGAAACACCAUCCAACAAUGAGUUGAACUGCAAAUUCAAAUUCAAUUUCUUCAUGUUUGUCAUUUAAUAAAACUAUUAUUCCCAAAAUUGUUUCUGUCACUAGUAUAAUUUUAGGAUAUUUUUGUUUCCAUGUAGUUUCAAGGUUUUUUUGCCUUAACAAAU